CCCGGGGAGAGCCCGCCGCUCCGGGCCCCGGCUGCCGCGGAGGUUUUAGGGAACGCUCCGUGCCCAGGCCACGCCGUGCGUCCAGAGGCAUGUAGGUAGGUGUGCCCGCAGCCGCCGGCCGCUGUAGUUGUUGUCCAAGAAAAGAAGCGGGACAGCCUGUGCAAAAUAUGUUCCCGCUGUGGUUUGUAUCUCCCUCCUGCGACUUGCCGAGUACUUAAAUUCCCUUUGGCACGUUAGUAGGGCUGUUCAGGUACUUUGCACUUUGUUUCGUAAGUGAAUAAGUGCUUUUCUUUCUUUGUGUAUUGAGUUGCUGUUGAAUUGCUUCCCAUAUUUUUAUUUCAUACAAACUGAACAAUUGUGGCCCCUCUAUUUUAUUUAUAAAGGUUCAGUGUAUCUUUGCCUGCCUACAUCAAUCUGCAAGGGAGUUGCAGAAAAGCCUCAUGUUCAUCGAGCCGUGUGGGCAAGAAAACUUUUCCUUUAAAACUUUUCAACAGUGGGCAUAAAAUUCUGCAGCUGAGGUCUUGAAGAAUGCAGAUGGGAGAUGAAACCAGACAAAGGGUGAAGUUUACAGACGAUCGUGUGUGCAAGAGCCACCUUCUGGAUUGCUGUCCUCAUGAUAUCCUGGCCGGAACACGAAUGGACCUGGGAGAAUGUACAAAGAUCCAUGACUUGGCACUGCGAGCAGACUAUGAGAUUGCAAGUAAAGAGAGAGAUCUGUUUUUUGAGCUGGAUGCAAUGGAUCACCUGGAAUCCUUCAUCGCAGAGUGUGAUAGGAGAACAGAACUGGCCAAGAAACGCCUGGCUGAGACACAGGAAGAGAUCAGUGCUGAAGUGUCUGCAAAGGCAGAGAAAGUACAUGAGCUGAAUGAAGACAUUGGAAAACUCCUAGCUAAAGCUGAACAGCUGGGAGCUGAAGGAAAUGUUGAUGAGUCUCAAAAGAUCCUGAUGGAAGUGGAGAAAGUCCGGGCGAAAAAGAAAGAGGCAGAGGAAGAAUACCGAAAUUCAAUGCCUGCAUCCAGUUUCCAGCAGCAGAAGCUGCGUGUGUGUGAAGUCUGUUCAGCAUAUCUGGGUCUCCAUGACAACGACCGGCGUCUUGCUGACCACUUUGGAGGCAAAUUACACUUGGGUUUCAUUCAGAUUCGUGAGAAACUGGAUCAGCUGAGGAAAACAGUGGCAGAAAAGCAAGAGAAGAGAAACCAGGAUCGUUUGAGGCGGAGAGAGGAGAGAGAACGAGAGGAGAGAAUGGGCAGACGGUCUGGAUCAAGAAAUAGAGAUCGUCGAAGAUCACGGUCUCGGGAUAGGAGGCGAAGACGCUCGAGAUCGGCUUCCCGUGAACGGCGGAAGUCUCGCUCCCGGUCCCGAGACCGACACAGACGCCACCGGAGCCGUUCCCGCAGCCACAGCAGAGGUCACCGACGGGGGUCCAGAGACAGGAGUUCAAAACACAAAUCUUCUAGAGAUCGAUCUUCAAGAGAAAAGUCACGAGACAGAGAGAGAAAAGAGAAGAGCUCUUCUGAGAGGCGGCACGAGAGCACAAAUGGCAAAUCUCGUUCCAAGAGAUCAGAAGAGAGAGAAGCUGGCGAGAUCUGAACUCAAAUGAUCUGUGUUGCACUGUAAAUAGUCUGAUAAACAUUCUACACAAAGCCUAAAUUUCCCAUUUAUAUUUACUGAAUACAACUCAUCUUUUGUAGUUUGGAAUUUUUAUUGUUUGGCAGAUAGCUGUGAGUUUGUAGAGACACAGAGUUACGUACUGUUUAACAGGAUUUUGUUUUAGUAGGAAUAAAUAAAUCUGAAUGGAUCGUUCUCAAUUCAGGCCAGUGGUUGACACACUGUGUUUGUCCUGACCCAGCGAACGCAGCAGUCUGGCAGGGCUGGGGUUGGAGACCUGAGCUGCCAUGACGUUUGUAACGCUUCAGCCCUUUCCAGAAGAUCUACCUGACCCUUUGUGAGCGCACCAGUAGCACUGGUUCUCACUUAAUUACUUUUUCCUUCUGUUUAUAUAUGUUAAAAAAAAUUAAGAAUUUUUUUUUUCCUUUUAGCGCUUAGCCACUUCAUUUUUAUGUCUCUGGCAUUUGAGAGUUGCCUCAUUAUUCCAGCUAAGUCAAGACAGACAGAAUUUGGCCCUGAUCUGCCUAUUUUGAAAGCUGUUCAUCUUUGUGAGGAUGACCAAAUUGGCUGGAGCACAUUCCUAAGAUGGACUCGAGCCUGGGUUUAGUACCUUUACAGAUCAGAUACCGGCUGUAAACAAAAUAGUGGAAAAUCUGGCUGAUUUCUUCUAUAGCGGAGUACAGCCACAGCUAGCCUGCCCAUUUACUGUGGGCUCCAGAGUCAGAGCUUCCUCCGUGGAGUUUUUCCUGACUCGCACAAAAAGCGUUGGUGUACGUUUCUCAAGGCCAGUCAGGCAGAACGUGGCCGAGGGGCAGAGGUGACUCGGGAUGGAGCGAAAUCCAGGGGCAGGGCAAGGAGAGGAGUCCCCCCCGUGUCGACGUGUACCGCUUCUCCUGGGAGCAGGACACCGGCGGUGUCCUAACACGUGUGGGAGGAAUUUGCAUAUUGUAACUAGCUUAUUUGUAACUAGGUUUAUUUUACACUAGGGGAGGAAGGCCGCCUUGCUGUGCCAGCCGCAGGCGAGACCCUGAGGAUUGGUAUUUUGUGAGAGUUGUGUGAGUAAAGCACUUGCUGCCCGCCGAGCUGCGCGCUGGUGGGGCACGGGCCCGGGCCCGGCCGCUGCUCGUUAGCUCGGUGAGGCACGUAUCUUUAAUUAAAGACAGCUCACCCCUAAUGUUUCCAGGCGGCGGGCGCAGGGAAGUGUCUGUAAAUGCUGUUGAAGGCCGGGAGGGCCCGGCGGGUGUUUUACCCCUUCGAGGCUCCGAUAAGCUGCUUAACGGUUUCAGUGUCCCGGCGGCCGCCCCGGCGCUCCCUCGGUGUUAGUCCUUAGUGCAUGCGACCCCCCCACACCCCACCUUUCCCUGUCCGUUUUUACAACUAAUUCCGCGGUUUCACGUAUUGUUUUUGUAACCUCCGUGUCGGGUGAGGGGAGAGCGGGGGCGGCGGGCGCGCUCUCGGGAUGCCUGUACGUGACUGUGCUGUUCUCUCGCGGUCUGAUCGCAUUAAAGAUCUGUGUUUGUGGCUC